AUGGAUGUUCGUCGUUGUCGUAGAUGUAAAAGAAAGCGUCUUGAUGAUGAACCAGAUGAAGUUCGUCAAUAUAAAACUUGUGCCAAAUGUCGAAUUAUUGAAAGAAAUAAAAAGAAUCUGAGAAAACCUUUAGCUGAAGAAACUAUGCUUUAUGGAUUAAAACAAUUUAGAGAACAACAAUCGGCCGAAAAUUAUAUAGAAGAAGAAGGGUUAUUAAAAGAUGAAUUUUUCAAAAGGUAUCAUAAUAAACCAUUUAAUUAUCAAGAAGAAAUAACAAAAGUGCUAAAUAAUCCAAACUAUGUUCCUCCAGUACUUCAUAAUCAUAAUACUGAUGAAGUGGUGACUUCAUCAAAUGGUAAUACUACUGGUCCUAAAUAUCAAAUGACAAUGAAGACAAAUAAUACCACUGGAGUUCAACCACCGAUAAAAUCUCGCAAACAACAACAACAACCUCAACCUCAACAGCAGCAACAGCAAACCCAGCAACAUCGUCAUCAGCAACAUCAACAUCAACAACAAACACACCACCACAACCAGUUACACCAUCAACAAGAAACUGUUAUUGUUGACGAUGAAGAAGAUCUUUAUAAAAUUUUAUCAGAAUUGGGUAAUGACGAUAAUUCUGCAAAAAACGAUUCUAAAAUAAUUAAAGAAAAUUUAGAUCCUUAUGCAAAUGAUAAUGUAUAUGAUGAUUUCCAAAAAUAUUUAACCACUAUACUUGAAAAAUUACAUUCUGACAAAGACAUUAAGAAUUUAGUUUAUUUAAAAGAAUUCAACGAAGUGUUUACUACUAACAUGUCAAAAUUUGAUGCUUAUACAAAAGAUCGUACCACAUUAUAUCAAAGUAUCAGAUUGAGUGAAAAACAAUUUCGAAGUCAUUUAUUGAGUAAUAUAAGAGCAAUGUAUAUUGAUCCAAUAAUUGCUUGUUUAGGCUUACUUUAUAAACAAGAAUAUACCAAUAUCAAUGAAUUUAAAUCAACAACAUCAAUAAAAUGUGGGUUUAGUUAUAUUGCCAAAUCUGCUGAACAAGAUGAAAUUAAGAAUUUGAAAGAAUCAUCAAUUAUAUUGGUUUAUAAUAAAAAAUAUCAUUUAUUAGUGAUUAAAUUGAAUCAUACAAGUUAUAGACCAAGUGAGAUUAUUUAUCCCAAUGAAUUUAAACAAAAAGUUGCUAGUGUGUUUGGAUUACUACAGAUGGAAGAAUAUUCACCAGAAUCAACGGCAAUCUUCCAAAAUAUUAAUCUUGAUUAUAAUGCAAUAACUGGUGGACUUGUAUAUGAUAAAUUGGUUUCUGUGUCUCAUACGUAUAGUGAAGAAUUGCAAAAAUUUUUAAAGGGUUUGGAUAAGGAUGUGUUUAUUGCUGAUUUUGUCAAUUAUGAAAAAGUUUUUAAACUUGAUGAAGAAAAUGGUGUUAAUGAUGAUGAUGAUGAUAUGGACGUUGAUGAAGAAAAACCAGAAAAUAAAGAAGAAGAACAGCCACAACAACAAGAACAAGAAGGAGAUGUGGAUGUUAAAAUGGAUGUGGAAGAAGAUGGUGAUCAUGAAUUAGAAAAUGAUGUUAGUCAGGCAAAUAAAAAUGACAAUGAAUCCGAAUCCGUUGGUCAAACUGAAGAAGAAGAAGAAGAAGAGGAGGAGGAAGAGAUUCAAGUGGAAGAGGCACAUGUACCAAGUGAUGAAUUGGAAUUAGCAUUGGGUGAAAGUUUAGCAAUUGAGAACGACAAUGAAUCAGAAAAUGAGAUUAAUCAAACAACAACUACAUUUGUUAGUAAUGAAAACAAAGAAGAUGAUAAUAAUAAUGAUGAUAUUCUUACUAAGAAAGAAUCAACAGUAGAAGUUUUGGAUCCAGUAUUUCAAUUUUAA